AACUCGGAUUCUUUUGGGGCAUUACCGCGAGGGAGAAAUAUAUAACAAAUACAGCAGGAAACCAAGGGGGACACAAAAAGGAGAAGAAACUAGAGUGAGAGAGAGAGCGAGGCAAAUCAAGAGCAAUCAAGUUUUUGAGGAGAAUUUUCAUGUCCAUCUUGCCGUCCCUGAAUCCCGGUUCAACAUCGUCGUCUGACUUACCUUCUCAAUCUUCUUCUACAUCCAACCAUGGAUUCCUCUAUUCUAAUUCUCUACCCCAACCCCAUCAAAUCCCCGAUUCUCCUCCCCCGCCCCAUCACCUCUCAGGUCAAGUGGCUCCCGCUGCACACACUUCUGUUGGAUCUUCCGAACAGGUGAAGGGGCGGGAGAGGCAGAACCAUGGAAAAGGUCCUAUUCAUCCAAAUCGUGGCAAAACGCUGCAUCCAGAAGAUGCUUCUCAUGUGCAGAUUGGAUCUUCUGAUUGGCGCAGUCAUCAGGGUGCUGUAUCUUCUAGCCCCCGAACGAGCUCUGGACAUUCUUCGGCUGGAAAAAAAGCUCAGAUGUUUAACGGGAACCACUUGUUAAAUUUUCAAUAUGAUCCUCUUCCUGUUUCUCGUCCACAGUCCAGGACACCUCCACCACGAAGACAACAAAAGAGAAAACCUUAUAACAAGGACUUAUUUCUUCAAGCAAACUACCGAUUUGUAGUGCUAGACUCUGGGAAUUAUGCGGCUGAGUCUAUGGAUCCUGAUAAGAUGUUAUGUUGGGAGAACAUUAUUUGUUUGAAGUAUUCCACUCCUUCUCAUGUCCAGUGCCCCAUAUGCUUGGAUGACCCCUUAUGUCCCCAAAUAACCUCAUGCGGUCAUAUCUUCUGUUUCCCAUGCAUUUUGCAAUACUUUUCCAUGGAUGAAGAUCAUCUUAAAGACGAGUGCUGGAAAAAGUGUCCAUUGUGCUUCACAAUGAUUUCUUCAAAGGAUUUGUACACCGUUCGUAUCGAGAAUGUCAAGCAGUACCAUGUUGGCGAUGAAAUCGAAUUUGUGCUACUGACCCGCCAAAAGGGUUCAUUUAGCUCUUCUCUUAAAAACAGUGGAAGUGUUGAUAUUGAGGAGGAUAUUCUGCGCUCCUUCUCAAAGUUCACCUUGACUUCGGAUGUAGAACUGUCUGUCAGAGAAGCAAUGUCAGAUCUAGAUAGUUGGAUAGCCAGAGCCGACUCAGGCCUAGUUGACGACAUUGAAAAACUUCCAUAUGUUUGUGCCGCAAUGAAACAUUUGGAGCAAAGGAAAAAAUAUUGGAAUAAGUUUCGUAUUUCUAGGGGCGAUAAGGCAAGUGCAAGUUUUGAUGGAACUCCACCAUCUGCAAUUGCGGAAGCGAAUUAUAGUGCAAAUGGAUUUGUGCAAGGAGCAAUCUCUAGGAAUAAGAGUGAUAAGUCAGGUUCGUUUGUAAAAUCAUCUAUAAGUAAAGUGGCUGGUGAGUUAUGUACACCUCAAGUUGCAGGGUUCAGUGAAUCAUUACAAGAUCACGAUAGAUCACCAAAUUCUUCACAGACUCUCUCUAAUGGCAUCAAAGAGAGGAAAGAUGGGGAUGCAUACAAUUUCUACCAGGCUGUUGAUGGUCAGCACAUCAUACUUCAUCCACUAAGCAUGAGGUGUGUUCUACACCAUUAUGGUAGCUAUGAAGGGCUUCCUAACAGAAUCACUGGAAAGAUCUUACAGUUGGAGACAGUGACACAAUCGGAAGCCAUUAGGCGGCGCUAUCGAUUUUUAAGCCAUUUCUCCUUGACAACAACAUUUCAGCUUUGUGAAAUCAACCUGGCUGAUACAUUACCCGCUGAAUCGACUUCUCCCUUUAUGGAUGAAAUCAAGAAUAGAGAAAAGCAAAGAAAACAACUCGCUAAGAAGGAACUCAAGGACAAAAUUAAAGCUGAAGCCGAGAGCAGUCAGUUUGUGCAUGUACCAUAUUACUCGUAUGAAGACACUCCCAGCUUUUCCAUGGAUGACUUUGAAGCCUUGGGAACUUCUGCUGUGGCAUCAUCAUCAUCAUCAAGGCCUCUCACCAUUGGGGAAAAGCACUCUUUUUCAAAUGUUGCAAGGCUUGGUUUUGCUGCUGCUCAUGAUUCUCCUUCUCUCAAAUUUGACGAAAUCCAAACGGCCCUAGAGAUGGAUAAGCCUGAUGAAUCUUCUAGCACAAUUGGUUCGAGAAACGUUGGGGGUGCCUCAUUUGCCAAUAUAACAUCUAGAGCCAAAAAAGUGGAAGUCCCGCCGCAAAUUCCUAGCAAGGGGAAUGAAGUGGUGAAGAAGGGGAAAAAGGCAACCCGAAUUCUCAUGUCCACAGCAGGUGGAAGGCGCUAUUGAAGAAACUUGUGUGUCUGUGUCUUUGUACUUUGAAGAAUUUAAAUUUGUCUAGCAAAUCCCUAAUGUGUAUUAACAACAUGCUUGUUGUUAUUAGGACUUGUGCUUUUGUUCGGUGAUAUGAAAUAAUUGCUGUUUGGAUAUCUUAUAAUAUCUGACUAAAAUAUGAACAAGUUAUACAAAA